GAUUAACUUCAACAUCAUUAACGUAAUUUUUCAGUAGAUCAUGAAGGACAAAGAGCUAUACGCUUUGGCACGUGGAGCAAAUAUUCUUGCAAAUAGUGUCUGUUCAAGGCAAGUCAAUAAUUUCAAAAAAUGGAAAGACAGUUGCUUUGUUUUUGGUCUGUGCGAAAGCAGGAGAACGGAAAAGGAAAUAAAUAUAGAAAGCAAUGUUCCAGCGGGAUCAGAAGAUUUACGACCUGAUCUUUCACAAUUUGCGAAAAAGAAUCAAACAAAACAUGACCAAUCAAAGCAAACCAGUUCAAUCGCAUCUAAGAGAGAGUUUUCUUCUUUGGCUUUAUCGCAAAACAUGCGUUUGCUCGGUCAAAUUGAUUCGGCUGGAAGUAUUAUCCGCCGUUAUGAAAGCAACGAAAGUUCUGUACCAUCAUCGAGGAUAAGCAGACUCGCCAAUUAUGGUCAGCUGGCAGCUGGGCUUGCUCUAGGCUCUGUAGGCGAGUUCACAUCAAGAUUACUGGAUCCUAAUGCUAAAAAUUUGGACCCGAGAACGUUUGUUUUAACGCACGACAAUAUCGAGCGCAUCGUUGCGACUCUUUGUAAAAUCCGAGGAGCUGCAAUGAAGCUAGGCCAGAUGUUAAGCAUCCAAGACGAUUCUUUAAUAUCAAAAGAUGUUCAGGCAAUUUUUGAAAGAGUGAGGCAAAGUGCCGAUUUUAUGCCUUCGAAGCAGAGAGAAAAGCAGAUCGUGGAUUCACUAGGUGAAAAUUGGAUGGAUCAUCUUUCAGAGUUCAAUCCAAAGCCAAUAGCUGCUGCUAGUAUUGGCCAAGUACAUGAAGGAAUCCUGAAAAAGAAUGGCCAAAAAAUUGCUAUGAAAAUACAAUACCCAGGGGUAGCUGAAUCAAUUGAUAGUGACAUUGAUCUUUUGAUGGCCGUGCUGAACUACACAAAUAUAAUCCCACGUGGUCUCUACUUAGAAGAAGCUUUGAAUGUUGCUAAGAAAGAACUGGCUUGGGAAUGUGAUUACAAGCGAGAGGCGGCUGCUUCAAAGAAGUUCAAAAAAGCGUUUGCUGCAAACGAGGAUGUUUGUGUUCCUGAAGUGAUACCGGAAUUAACCUCGACCAGAGUACUCACAACUGAGUUUGUUGAAGGAGUGACGGUUGAUAAGUGCAUUGACAUGGACCAAGAAACUAGAAGCAAAGUAGCUAAGACGAUGCUGCAAUUAUGUCUGACCGAGUUGUUCGAGUUGCGCUUCAUGCAAACGGAUCCCAACUUUGCGAACUUUCUCUACAAUCCUGAAACUGAAAAAUUAUGUCUUAUUGAUUUUGGAGCUAGUCGUACGUUUGACCUCGAAUGGGUUCGAAAUUACAUAGAAGUUAUAAAGUGUGCGAUUGAUAAUGAUAAACAAGGUAUAAUUGACUACUCAAAUAAGCUUGGAUUUCUUUCAGGAUACGAAACUCCAGAAUUUGCUGACGCGCACUGCGAAGCUGUGUUAGUUCUAGGCGAAGCAUUCCGACAUGAUGGACCCUUCGAUUUCGGUGCUCAAGAUACAACGAAGAAAAUAAUGAAUCUAGUUCCAGUUAUGCUUCAACAUAGAUUGACACCUCCACCAGAAGAAACGUACAGCCUGCAUCGGAAAAUGUCAGGCGCGUUUCUUCUAUGUGCAAAACUGAAAGCAAACAUCCAAUGCAAUCAUAUGUUUGAUGAACUAUAUAGCAAAUAUAAAACUGGGGCCAUUUUGUCAAAUUAAGUAUUGUAGUAUUAAAAUGGUAGUAUAAUAAUUAAAAAUUUUGACUCUG